AGCAGCAGUACUCACGCUCGCUUCUCUCUCUCGCUCUUUCUCCUCUCACGCGCGCGCAUGCACACACACGCACACCGUUUCACACUGCACCAGCAAGCCUGCAAGCAAACAAGCAGCCACACUCAUUACCCUCUCCUUCCAGCACAAAUCCUUUGAGAUCCUGCUGCAGCAAGCACGAGGAGCCAGCUCUGCAUGGGGGCUUGUUUAAGGAGUACCUGACUAAAAGGACUAGCGUGUUUCUUCAAACCACAGGAGUGCUGCUGCAGCUCUAUAGAGUUGGGGGGGGGGAGCCACAGAAGGGACCAUCUCCUGUUUUCUUCUUCUUUUUUUUUCUUGCCAGUUUGCUGUACCAGCUAAGCUUUUUAUGCCUUCUGUGUGAGUGGGUGUGAGGGGUGCGGGGGUUGUGUGUGUGUGUGUAUGUGUGUUGUCCCCCAAUUUUUCUCUUCCUCUCCUUCAAACAUCUCAGCUGCACCACAAGUCUGUGCCGCAUCUCGUCUUUUGGCUCUCAUUAUGCUAUCCUCUGAACCCCUGGCAGUUCUCCGCCUCUGCUAGGCAGUGGCAGCAUGGAUGGUGCUCUUGUGAGGAAGCCUACGGAUUCGAUUAGUCCACUGCGGAUGGGCAUGCUGAGUAAUCCUGCUGUAAAUGGGCGAGGACAUUGACACCCGAAAAAUCAACCACAGCUUUCUCCGAGACCACAACUAUGUGACUGAAGGCUUGUCACGCUAAGCCUUGGCUCUGAACGCAUCUGAAAGCCUGCAAGCGGAGCUGAGCUCUGAGCCAAGCCUGGGCAGUGUUAUAGAGUGGAAUAACAGCCCUCUCCUGGACUCCACACACCAGGAUGUUGAAUACCAUCCAGGUCCUGUGUUCCGACAUCACAACGCUCUCUUUGGAAGCCAAGCAGUUUGCCAGUUACACUGAAGCUGAUAUAAUUUCCACAGUUGAGUUCAACCAGACGGGAGAACUGCUGGCAACCGGGGAUAAAGGAGGUCGUGUUGUUAUAUUCCAGAGGGAGCCUGAGAGUAAAAAUGAGCCUUACUGCCAGGGAGAGUACAAUGUUUACAGCACCUUUCAAAGCCAUGAGCCCGAGUUCGAUUACCUGAAGAGUUUGGAGAUUGAGGAGAAGAUUAACAAAAUCCGCUGGCUGCCUCAACAAAAUGCUGCCCAUUUUCUUCUGUCAACCAAUGAUAAAACUAUUAAGUUAUGGAAAGUUAGCGAAAGAGAUAAGAGACCGGAGGGGUACAACUUGAAAGAUGAAGAAGGAAGGGUGAAAGACCUUUCAACGGUGACAUCUCUACAGGUGCCAGUUUUGAAACCCAUGGACCUGAUGGUAGAGGUGAGCCCACGGAGGAUCUUUGCUAAUGCUCACACCUACCAUGUCAACUCCAUCUCCGUCAACAGUGAUUGUGAGACCUACAUGUCUGCUGAUGACCUCAGGAUUAAUUUGUGGCAUCUGGCCAUCACAGACAGGAGCUUCAAUAUUGUUGACAUCAAGCCUGCCAACAUGGAGGAGCUGACGGAGGUGAUCACGGCUGCAGAGUUCCAUCCUUACCACUGCAACCUCUUCGUCUACAGCAGCAGCAAGGGAACGCUUCGCCUGUGUGACAUGAGGGCCUCUGCUCUUUGUGACAAGCACUCCAAACUUUUUGAGGAGCCUGAAGAUCCCAGUAACCGGUCCUUCUUCUCCGAGAUAAUUUCCUCAAUCUCCGAUGUCAAAUUCAGUCACAGCGGACGUUACUUGUUAACAAGAGAUUACCUCACUGUCAAAGUCUGGGACCUGAACAUGGAAAACAAACCUAUAGAAACGUAUCAGGUUCAUGAUUACCUCCGGAGCAAGCUUUGUUCCUUGUAUGAGAAUGACUGCAUCUUUGACAAGUUUGAAUGUGCGUGGAAUGGUACAGAUAGUGUCAUUAUGACAGGCGCCUACAAUAACUUCUUUCGGAUGUUCGACCGCAACACAAAGCGGGACGUGACUCUGGAAGCGUCGCGGGAAAGCAGCAAACCCCGGGCAGUGCUGAAGCCCCGCCGCGUCUGCACGGGGGGCAAGCGCCGCAAGGACGACAUUAGCGUGGACAGUUUGGACUUCACAAAGAAGAUCUUGCACACAGCCUGGCACCCGGCAGAGAACAUCAUUGCCAUCGCAGCAACAAACAAUCUGUACAUAUUUCAGGAUAAAGUCAACUCAGAGGUGCACUAGAGUCCUGGGUGCCUCGCCCUGCAGUGGGCCGCUCUUGAGCGCUGUACUGUACCUGCUGAUAGCCUUGCGCGAGGGUGUAUUCAUUGUGUUGGAAUUGUGGAUUGUGGUUGAUCACUAGUGUUUGUUGCUAUUGGUAGUUUUGGGCUUGUAUAAGCCAGCAGGGAUGUGCUAACUAACCUCUUGCAAACAGGUAGUAGUCAUGUAAUUUGAGCCACAAACUUUCAUUUAUGGUUGCUUUUGAGUGGAAAAUUUUGCUCGCCAAUUGGGACAGUUUCGUAUUUCCCCAAAGUUCAGUUCCCUUACCUCAUUGGUUAAUAAUAUCAAUCUUUCUUUACUCCAGUCAACUCUGUUUUGGGAUAUUUCUGCGUAGUGUUAGAAUUACACCGGGCCAUAUUUUAUCACACUUUUCUACAAACUCGAUCUGUUUUUCCUUAGAAAAAAUUAUAAAUUGUUUGCUUCAGAGAAGGCACUGCAAGGUCUUUGAUAUAUUGACCCCCUAGUUUCUUUAUUCCAAAGAAAUUGCAAAAGCUUUCUGUUUCUUAGGUCAUGCUCUCAAGGCAAUGGAUACAAGGCAAUGGAAGAAUUAUGUUGCAGCUGUUUGUCUGUUUUGACAUAUUUAAAAAAAAAUGAAAAUGAAAGAAGCCUACCUUUGAGAAUGAGAUAUUUUGCUUGGUUCCUUAAAACUAGGAUUGGUAAAAGCUGAUAAUUGGGAUAACGUCUGGCCAGACCUGUCAGAUUGGCCUUCAGGUUAGUUCAGGCUAGUUUUCAGUAUCUUCAGAGCCAUAUCUUUACAGAAUAAAUUAAUGCUUGCCUUGAGUUUAAUAUGAGGCAUGAAGAGGUGGUGUUAUUACAAUCCCCUUUAAACAGUGAGGUAUUUUUUAAGACUUUUGAAAUAUUUUUUAAUAUUGUAUGGUGGGACGUUUGUUUCUUAAAAUGGACUUGAAAUAUCGUUGAUGUAAGAUUUGUGAAGCCGAUGCAGGUGGGAGUUAAUGUUUCUCUUUGUUUGAGAAGUCAGUCAGGUAGAAGAAAUGUUAUAGUGGUGUUUGUUACAAGUCAUUCUGUUUGGCAUAAAGUACAGACAGACACAAUAGAUAAAACCGGUUGCACCAGAUAAAUAUCCCAUGCUUUUUCAGAUUAAAAUGAGAAUUAUUUAUAGUAAGUACAUAUAGUAUACUCCUGCAGGCGUCACCAGAGUAGGUUUUAUUUUCUGUUAUUUCAUUGGAAUGAUUUGUUAGCACAACAACUGCAGAUAUUACAGUCAAAGGUUAAUGGAAAAGCUGGCAACAAAAGAAGAUGGGAAUAGAGAGAUGUUAUAUUGAUGUACCAGUAGUAGGAAUAAUCUUUUUGUGGCCAGCAGCAGUAGCUGUAGCAGUUUCAGUUUUAUUUGGGGUUUUGCAUAUAAAAUGUACUAUUUUUCAGUUUUCUAUUAUAAAUCAAAUUGGAGAGGGUUGUAAGGUUUGAUAAAAAUGGCCUUUAAACCUGUUUUUUUUUUCCAAAUUAACAAAGAAAUGUGAGAAAAAAGGAUAUAAAGCCACACAGCAGGAUAUUCCUACCACUCUUUGAAGACCUGCUCUGGUCUGUUUGAAGUACAACAUCAAAUCAUCCAUUUUGUCAUUAAGAAUCCCUAUAUUUCAUGUUAUUCUUUUGAUCUACACAUUGCCACUGUUUCUUUUGUUAGUGGCCCUUGGUUACUAUAAGAGAUGCUUCCAAGGAUGAGCAACAGGAUAUACAGUACAUUUAAGUAUGAGGGUCUUCUCCAUUUUCAUUAUAUCUCUGUUCUGAACCCUUUAUUGAAUCAAUCACACAGACAUAAAACACAUUAAUCCCCGUUUUGCUGUGGUGAAAAUUGGGAAGCAGCCUAUAGCUUUCAAUCAAUAGAAUAAACAUAAAGGUUUCAAAAAGGUGUCUGAAAACUGUGGCAUCAUAGAAGGAAAAGAGAAAAAAUGCUUUACAUCUUAAAUGGAAAUGCACUACUGUAUGUCUUGGUUCAUUGGUGGCUUUAGUGGAUAAGAUGUGGCACAAGUCUGAAUGUAUGUUUACCAUCUUUUUAUGAAAUGUAUGGUGAUAAAAAAUAAAACUGGAUUUUGGAUUCCAGAAGUGAGGGACUAUAUUUUACAGCAGAGAGAACCAUCAACAAUGCAAUAUAGCACUCUUCUAACACGCAGUCUUCACAAGAGUUUUGAAUGAGGCAAGAUCCACUUCUUACUUGAGAGAAUUGACAGUUCUGUGACUGAUCUCUGCCUUUCUUCAUGAUAAUUUGCAACAGAGAACAUUAGCAAUGAUGAAGCUGCAUGGUAGUAAUAAUAUGUUUUUAGAAUUUUGGCUGCCUUUUUUUUAAUCCAUAAGAACAAGCUGUUCGCUGUAAAAUGGCUUGCAGAGUACUCUCAACACGGCACCUGUACCAUAAACAACUAAUAUACUUUUUGUGUUUUGAAGCACAGAAGCAUGUUUACCAUUGUUCAGUAUUACAAUGUACAUUUAUAAUGCCUAAAAUGUUUUAAUCAGCAAAAAUAAAAGGGAAUGAGGAAUGUUUAUUAAUACUGUACUCAAAUACUAAAGAAGGAUGAAUGGAACUGUGUAUAUAUUGUUAAUUCUCUUUACACAUUCAAUUUUUUUCUGUAAAAAAUGAAAAUAUUUAAAAAGCGGUUUAGGAAUGUGGUAAAGUUGUACGUCAAGAAAGUACAAUCCCUUCUGAAAACAUUGAUAUCCAUGAUAUGCUGUACUAAUUACAGCUUCAGUCGAGUUCAGAGCUUCAAAUGAAAACAGCAAUCUCGGAAAUGGACUCAACAGCCAGAAAAUGGACAAUAACGGCGAUACAUCUCAGAUUAACCACAGUGUGUCCCAAGGGUAACAUGAAGUAAUAUUACUAAUGUACUUUUUUUCCUUCAGUCCAAUUACCUCCUUAAUGAAUGUUCUGUUGUAUUCAUCAUGGUCGUAUCCAAAUGACAUUUGGUAUGCAAUGACAACUUGGUGGAUGCCAGUUAAUAGAAUUAAAACAUCCUCUCAUUUGGUUAUCCAGUUUUUUAAUAUUGAUUUUGAAUUUUGGUCAAUAUUAAUAUUGAUUUUGCAAGGCCAUAUAAAAAGCUUUCUGGUCCAUUCCUUUCCAUUUGAAAAUGUUCAUCCCACUUUUUCAUGAUUCAACUUUUGUGUUUGUUUCUUGUAUUUUUAGACGACAAGGGUGUCAAAUAAAUGAUUAUAAAUAUGUUAAUAUGAGUUUUCAAAUAAAGAUUUCAACAAAAUUGCA